UGAAGAAGGCUGUGAAGGUAAUGGAGAUGACAAUUGGGUCAGGAAUCAUUCCAGAUGCCUCUUCCUAUACCUUUUUGGUAAGUUCUUUGUGUAAAAAAGGGAAUGUUGGUUAUGCAAUGCAAUUAGUGGAGAAAAUGGAGGAAUAUGGGUAUCCUACAAACACUGUUACUUAUAAUUCACUUGUGAGAGGGCUUUGUAUGCAUGGAAAUUUGAGUAAGAGCUUGCAGCUUUUAGACAGGUUGAUCCAGAAGGGGCUUGUUCCAGAUGCUUAUACGUACUCUUUUUUGCUUGAAGCUGCUUACAAGGAAAGAGGGGCUGAUGAAGCCAUUAAGCUUUUGGAGGAGAUAAUUGCAAAGGGUGGGAAGGCUAAUUUGGUUAGCUAUAAUGUUUUGUUAACUGGGUUGUGUAAAGAAGGUAGGAUAGGAGAUGCCAUUCAGUUGUUUAGGGAGUUGCCUUCUCAAGGAUUCAGUCCAAAUGUUGUUAGUUAUAAUAUUUUGUUAAGGAGUUUGUGUUAUGAAGGGAGGUGGGACGAGGCAAGUGUGCUUCUAGCUGAAAUGGACGGUGAUGGGGACGAUCGUUCCCCGUCGAACGUCACAUACAAUAUAUUGAUUGGUUCGCUUAGUCUACAUGGCAGAAUAGGACAUGCUCUUGAGGUUUUGGAAGAGAUGAUUCGGGCAGGGUUCAAGCCGAUGGCUUCGAGUUAUAACCCGAUAAUUGCUCGUCUUUGCAAAGAUAGGAAAGUGGAUGUUGUUGUGAAAUGUUUGGAUGAAAUGAUGCAUAGGCAUUGUAAUCCCAAUGAAGGAACAUACAAUGCGAUUGCUACACUUUGUGAGGAGGGAAUGGUUCAAGAGGCAUUCUCCAUCAUACAGAGUUUGGGCAACAAGCAACAUUCCUCUACUCAAGAAUUCUAUAAAUUUGUUAUUACGAGCUUGUGUCGAAAAGGAAACACAUAUCCAGCGUUUCAGCUUCUCUACGAAAUGACAAAGUACGGGUUUACGCCUGAUUCGUUUACCUAUUCGUCUUUGAUCCGGGGGUUAUGUAUGGAGGGUAUGCUGAAUGAGGCAAUUGAAAUAUUCAGUGUAAUGGAGGAAAAUAACUACAAGCCUAGAACUGAAAAUUACAAUUCACUCAUUCUUGGUUGCUGCAAAUCUCGAAGAACCGAUUUGGCCUUCGAGGUUUUCGAAAUCAUGGUCGAUAAAGGGUAUCUGCCAAAUGAGACAACGUACACCAUUCUUGUGGAAGGGAUCAUCCAAGAGAAAGAGAUAGAUCUUGGAACCAAAGUACUGAGGGAGCUGCAACUCAGGGAUGUAAUUAGUCAAAGCACAGUGGAAAGACUUGUUAUGCAGUAUUACCUAAAGGAAUUACCAUUAAGAUAAUUCAGUUGACCGUUCAUCAAGAACACGACGUAAACGCUGGUAUGUACAUUAUUUACAACUAUGUACAUGUUUUUAGUUCACAAGGCUUCUUUUAUGUACAUAGCUAAUUGCUUGUUGAAAGAAAUCCUUAAUGUCGAUUACUAUUCGAAAAUGUUUUAAAUUUGAA